UUGUCACUCAUACUGCAGUGGCGGUGGAUAAGUAAUCCUUCUCGCAUAACAUUGCAGACGUCACGCCAAAGUAACAGUCGUAGCUAUUGGCGUUUGUGUAUCAUCAGAAAAUAAAAUUAUAUCUCUGCUUCAGCUGCAACUUUGUUAUUGCCACGCUAACGUCACGGUGAACCAGCAGUAUAGAUCACAUAAGUGUACAUAAUCAGAGAAAAAUUGCCAGAAUUUCAAUAUUUACUGUAUGUUAGCGAGUUAAAUAGUUUAAAAUUACAUCGAGAACAGUACAGUGCUGAUACAUUAACAGUGUGCCUAACUAAUAAACAAUUCUUCAGUUUUCACGAGCAGUUAUUGUUCGUGAGCAGGUUUUUUGACAGCUGAAUCCAAUGAUUUGUGAAAAGCCAUGAGUUACAAUGAGAAAGAGGGUAUUACCAAAGAAGAAUGGAUGGCUCGGUUGGAAGGCAGAUCUCAUAUACAGCGUACUCAAAUGAAUAACCUUAUAAUGAACUAUUUAGUUACUGAAGGGUUCAAAGAAGCAGCUGAAAAAUUUCAGCAGGAAUCUGGAGUAGCUCCUUCUGUAGACUUGGAUUCUUUAGAUGAUAGAAUUCGCAUUCGGGAUGCAAUUCAAAACGGUCGUAUCGAGGAAGCCAAAGUUCUGGUCAAUCAAUUACAUCCUGAAUUAUUGGACAAUGAUAGAUAUUUGCAUUUUCAUCUGCAACAACUUCAUCUGAUUGAACUUAUACGAACUGGAAAAAUUGAAGAGGCGUUGCAGUUUGCGCAAGAGCAGUUGAGUGAAGCAGGGGAAUCGGAUGAAAAUAUUUUAGGUGAAUUGGAGCGAACUUUAGCAUUACUAGCUUUUGAUGAGCCUCAGAGAAGUCCUUUUAGUGAUUUAUUGCAACCUACUCACAGACAGAAGAUUGCCAGUGAAUUGAAUGCUGCAAUAUUGAAAAUGGAACAUCAAGAGUCAACAACUCCAAGAUUGAAUAAUUUAUUAAAAAUGAUUUUGUGGGCCCAAGAUGAAUUAGACAAGAAAAAAGUUAAAUAUCCAAAAAUGACAGACUUGGCAAAUGCCACCAUUGAUGGACCCAAAUAAUAUAUUUUGUAAAAAAGGCUACUUAUAGAGAGCAUUAUAAUUACGAUUGUAACCUGAAAAGUUUGAACUUGAACGGUUAAUGUUAAAUGUAAUCUUGAUACAUCAUUUGUUUAGAGAAUUA